CUUGAAGCACACUAAGGAAGAUUUCUGAAGAGCAAAUCAGCUCAGACCCCAGCUUUUCAGACCAGCAGCGAAGCAGGUCACCAUCAUGAGUGAUGAAUCAAAUGGGAAUCUCAUUAAAGAUAGACUUGUUCAACUGAGAUGCCACUUUACAUGGAAGUUGCUAAUUGAAGACACUGAAGUGCCUGAUUUAGAAAACAGGGUCUUCGAUGAGAUUGAGUUCCUAGACACCAAAUACAAAGGGGCAAUAUACAACCUUCUGGCCUAUGUGAAACACCUGAAAGGCCAGAAUAAGGAAGCCCUGCAGAGCUUGAAAGAAGCCGAAGACUUAAUCCAGCAAGAACACGACAAUCAAUCCGAGCUGAGAAUUCUGGUUACCUGGGGCAACUAUGCCUGGCUGUAUUACCACAUGGGCCAAUUGGCAGAAGCCAAGACUUACCUGGACAAGGUGGAGAACACUUGCAAGAAGUUUGCCAGCCCUUACUGCUAUAGAAUGGAGUGUCCUGAGAUGGACUGUGAGGAAGGAUGGGCCUUGCUGAAAUGUGGAGGAAAGCAUUAUGAGCGGGCCAAGGCCUGCUUUGAAAAGGCUCUGGAAGUGGACCCUGAGAACCCUGAAUACAGUGCUGGGUAUGCAAUCUCCACCUACCGUCUGGAUUACUUUAACAGAUCAACACAGGUCAGUGAGGCAUUUUGUCUGCAGCCCCUAAAAAAGGCCAUCAGGCUAAAUCCAGAAAAUGCAUUUAUUAAAGCUCUCCUUGCUGUGAAGCUUCAGGAUGUGGGACAAGAAGCUGAGGGAGAAAAGUACAUUGAAGAAGCACUGAGCAGCAAGUCCUCGCAGACCUACGUCUUUCGCUAUGCAGGCAAGUUUUACCGAAGAAAAGGCUCUGUGGAUAAAGCUCUUGACCUCUUAACAAUGGCUUUGCGGGCAACACCUGACUCAGUCUUCGUGCAUCACCAAAUAGGGCUUUGUUACAAAACACGAAUGAUUCAAAUAAAGAAAGCUACAAACUGGCAGCCUAGAGGACAGGAUAGAGAAGAGGUCGACAGAUUGCUGCCGUUGGCUAUAUGUGAAUUUGAAAAGGCUUUGAAGCUAAAGCCCACAUAUGAGAUGGCUUAUGUUGAACUGGCUGACAUGUAUGCAGAAGUUGGCCGGCACAGAGAGGCUGAGGACAUUUUUCAAAAAGUAUCACGCAUGAGGCUGUGUAAUCCUCACCUACAACAAGAGAUUUAUUACCGCUAUGGCCGAUUUCAAGAAUUUCAAAAAAAAUCUGAAGCCAAUGCAAUUAUCUAUUAUUUAAAAGUAGUAAGAGCAGAAGAGCAAUCAAUUACAAGGGAAAAAUGUAUCAUUUCUUUGGAGAAACUGGCUCUAAGGAAACUUAGGAAAAAUGCAUUAGACAUAGAAAGCUUGAGCAUCCUUGGGUUCAUCUACAAAUUGAAAGGAGAAAUGAAUCAAGCCCUGGAGUGUUAUGAGAAGGCCUUAAGGCUGGCUGCUGACCCCGAGAACUCUGUGGUAUAUGAUUGCUAGGUGCUGAAAUAUGGACCACUUUCACAUUUCAUUUGAUUUUAGGUUCACAUGCACUAAUCAUCUCUUCUGCUUGCUGCUUUUGGAAGCGUGUCAUUUUUGAAGACUUACUCAAACCUUAUAGUAGCUGUAUUCAGAAAAUAGUGAAACAGAAUAUAUAUGUCUCUGUGUGUGAAAGGUACCAUUUCUCUAUGAAUGCUCUGUAUAGAAAAAAAAAGUUUGUUAAAUAGUUUUUUAGCAUAUAAAACACUGCACUUACAUAAAAUAAAAUGUUUAAUUCAUUAAUUUGAUCAACAAAUAGUUUUCAAUGCCAGAUACCAAAAACACUAUGGUGAUGUAAGGAGAAUUACUUUCCUCUACCAAUCUUAGGUUGGUUGACUUGGGCCCCAUAAAUUAGACUGAGAAACGACAGAUUAACAAGAGAAAAGAAAAGAAAAGUUCAUUAACAUGUGCAUCUCACAUACACAUGGGAGUAUCCACUGAUGAGCAGUUCAAAGGGGUGGAUACAACUUGGGCUAAUAUAGCAUCUUAACAAAAGAACAAUACAUUUUUAGUGAAAGGAUAAGACAAAGGAAGAGAACUUUGAGUUCUAAGGUGGCAAAUUAUAGGAUGGUAAAUACGGGGGGGGGGGAUGCCAAAUA